UAUUCUUUAAUGAUCAGAUUGAUCACUCCAAUGGAACAAGCACGCCCUUAUAAGUUUCUUGAGCAGUCUAAGGUUGGUCCAGCAAUAUCCCCAGGCAGAACCACUCUUCCCCUCACAUUCCUAGAUAUCUCUCUUGCGGGUCCUAUCUAUGUCAGACGUCAAUUCUUUUACCACUUUCCUUACCCUCCUCACUAUUUCAUCCGCACUACCCUUCCCUCUCUCAAACACUCUCUCUCCGUCGCACUCCAGCAUUUCUUCCCUCUCGCCGGAAACCUCCUCUGUCCGCCGCCCCCUCAAAAGCCUUUUAUCCGCUGCUCCCGUGACGAUUCCAUCACCUUAACUGUGGUCGAGUCCGCUUCUGAUAAUUUCAAUCAUUAUUCAGCAAACUGCCCAAGGAAUCUCAGAGAAUUAGAUAGCUUGGUUCCCGAGCUAUCGUGGAGUACAGUGGAUGGAAACGUCGAUGGCACUGACGACCCCACGUUCGUCUUCCCAAUCGUAGCCUUGCAAGUCACGGUUUUUCCUAACGCUGGCCUUUGUAUCGCCAUCACGUAUUGCCACGUGAUGGAUGCUAAUUGUUGCAGUCAUUUCAUGAAAACGUGGGCUUCUAUACGUAGAUUCGAUGGUGGAGAUAUGACUUUUCUGGAUAGGUCACCGCCGUCGUAUGACAGGGAAGUGAUCAAAGACCCGAGCGGCCUUGAAGCUGUUUUCUUGAGGGACUAUUUCACGGAGAGGUCAACGUGGAAAGACAGUCUCGUGGGUAAAACUUCUAAGAGUAUGCUUAGUGAUGAUGAUGGCCUAAGUUACAAGGCUACGAUUGUGUUUGGCAGAAAAGACAUCGAAGUACUGAGAAAGUGGGCAAUGGAUCAGUGGGGAAAAAAUGACGGAUCCCACGCACCGAGAAAUCUAUCAAAGUUUGUGGUGACAUGCGGCUUUGUGUGGACAUGUUAUGUUAAGACGAGAUAUAGAGAUGACGAUGAAGAAGAGAAAGAUGAGCACUUUCGUUUUGCAGCAGAUUGCAGAAACCGCCUCGAGUAUCCAGUGGAAAAUAACUACUUCGGAAACUGCAUAACGCGAUGUAAUGCAACGCUGAAGAGAAAAGAGCUGAAAGGAAAGGAAGGGUUUUUGAAGGCUGUGAAGGUGAUUGAAAGGGAAAUAGAAGAUAUGAAGAAAGAACCUUUCAAAGAUGCAGAAAAGUGGAAUGAGAAAUUCCAGAAAACGUUCGUGUUAGGAAGUACGGUGUUAGUGACGGGGUCGCCAAAAUUCACCGUUUAUGAGACUGACUUUGGAUUUGGGAGACCUAAGAAGGUUGAAAUGGUACAUACUUUCAAAUGCAUGUCUCUUGCUGAGAGUGGAUCUGAAGAGGGUGGGCUUGAGGUUGGCUUGGUGUUUAGGACAGAUGAAUAUCAACAUUUUAUGUCUGUCGUUGAACAGGGACUCCAAACUUUUAAACCCUAGUUCAGUUGUCCCAUAAUUUAAGAUUUCCUAGGUAUUAAUAAGGUGGAUGCUUAUAAAUUUCCGUUUGAAUUAAUGGAUUAAUAUAUCUCCCGUAUAGUUCCAGGCGG